CCCGCGGUCCUGGGCCCUCCCUCAGUCGUGGGCGUGCAGCCCCCCAACUUCUCGUGGGUGAUUCCGGGCCGGCUGGCGGGGCUGGCGCUGCCCCGGCUCCCCGCCCACUACCAGUUCCUGCUGGACCAGGGCGUGCGGCACCUGGUGUCCCUGACGGAGCGCGGGCCCCCGCACGGGGACAGCUGCCCCGGCCUCACGCUGCACCGGCUGCGCAUCCCGGACUUCUACCCGCCCGCCCCGGAGCAGGUCGACCGCUUCGUGCAGAUCGUGGACGAGGCGAACGACCAGGGAGAGGCUGUGGGAGUGCACUGUGCCCUGGGCUUUGGCCGCACGGGCACCAUGCUGGCCUGUUACCUGGUGAAGGAGCAGGGCCUGGCUGCUGGAGACGCCAUCGCUGAAAUCCGGCGGCUUCGACCCGGCUCAAUCGAGACAUACGAGCAGGAGAAGGCGGUCUUCCAGUUCUACCAGCGAACUAAAUAGGGGCCCCAGCGCCCUUCUUCCAGGCCCGCUGCCUGACCAGGGCGUCAGAGGGGCCAGAGCUGUGGGAGUGGACUGAAGCCUCCAGCUCCCAGCCUGCUCACCAGACGGACGUCGCCCUUCCUGCUGGCAGGUUCUGAUUGGAGGGAUGUCUGGAGCUGCACUGAUGGGGGGGGGGUCCCUCUUCUGCCUCCUUGAAUAAAUAACUUAUAAGAACCAG